UAACAAGACCACGCCCCCCACCCCUCCUCCCGUGUGAGUAGAGCCGCAGCGCAGAUGGUUCCGGAUUGACUACCCGCCCUCCCAAGAUCGCGUGGACGUCGACAAGCUGAGAGCACGCAGUCAUGUCGGACCGCCAGCUCUUCCUCGUCUUCAUGCUUGUCCCCGCCGCUAUGACGCUGGACUUUCGUUACCACAGCAACCGCGAGAUAGAGCAUUACCUUCUUCAGGUCAACGCUUCCAAUCCAGACAUUGCGCACCUGUACAGCAUCGGACGCUCGGUCGCAGGUCAACAGCUGUGGGUGUUGGCUUUGGGUCUGAGCCCCCACCGUCACACAAUUGGGAUCCCCGAGUUCAAGUAUGUGGCCAACAUGCAUGGAAAUGAGGUUCUGGGCCGCGAGCUGCUUCUGCAGCUAGUGUCCGACCUGGUGCGUGGCUACCAUGGCAACGAGAGCUGGGCCAUGCAGAUUCUGAACAGCACGCGUGUCCACUUCCUGCCCACGAUGAACCCGGACGGCUUCGACCGGGCUGACAGCGACUGCCACCUCAGCCAAGGAAGGUUCAACCAUAAUGGCGUGGACCUGAAUAGAAACUUCCCUGAUGCCUUCGCUGAUCCACCGGGGCAGCAUGACACGGACGACGACAGCGGCAGAGAGGCCGAGCAGGUGCGGGCCGUGAUUGGCUGGUUGAAGACGGAGACGUUUGUCCUCUCGGCCAACCUCCACGGCGGCGCCCUGGUGGCCAGCUACGCUUACGACAACAGCGGUGGCGAGCUGGCGGGUCAGGCCAGCUUGACGCCCGAUGACGACGUCUUUGUCCACCUGGCCAAGGUGUACUCGGGCAACCAUGCCAGUAUGCACAAGGGGGGUCGCUGUGCAGACCAGGGACCCUUUAAGGACGGCAUCACUAACGGCUACCAGUGGUACCCGCUCUCGGGCGGUAUGCAGGACUACAACUACGUGUGGGCUCAGUGCCUGGAGGUGACGCUGGAGGUGUCAUGCUGCAAGUUCCCUCCGGCCAGGGAGCUCGUUCCCUUGUGGGCCGACAACAGGAGGAGUCUGCUGGCCUUCAUCCGCCAAGUGCACUUGGGGGUGAAAGGGCGCGUGCUAGAUGGGUCGGGGGUGGCCGUGCGCAACGCCGUGGUGGAGGUGACCGGUCGCCGCAACAUGCAGCCCUUCACGACCAACAAACACGGGGAAUACUACAGACUGCUGCUGCCGGGCAACUACACUUUCACUGUGACCUAUCCCGGCCACGAGGUGCUGACGGAGACUUUUUUCAUCCCUUUCGGCCCGAAGCGAAACUCGGCCCUGACGCACGACUUUGUGUUGCGUCGCUUCGCCACGGCAACGGGUGACCCCAUGCUCUCAACCACCUGGCCUUCAUCGUCGUCGCCGCCGCCAUGGACGCUGGCGCCGCUCGGAACGGCCCUUGCGUUGCAGCGCUUGAUCAGCUGAUGGUCUUUGCGUUGAGGGGUGGGGGGGGUAUGAUUGGAAGCCGAGGAGGACAGCGAGAGAGAGAAGUCGUCGACGGCCUGGAGAGGGCGUGGCUGAGGGGGUAACGGGCCUGCGAUUGGCAUUGAGGUUGUUCUAGCUGUCAGGGAGCGGCUCCACGGUGAAGAAGUCCUCACAUUUGGAUAGGUCGCCGCAAGAACUUCCCGUUUGACCGAGCCAUUUAGUCUGGUCUGCGUUGCUUUGCUCGUCCUCCUCGCUGUCGUUGGACUCUAUGAUGUUGUUGCUGCGCUGCGCGUUGCUGGGGUCGCGUGCGACGAGCCACAGUGAGUCCUCCUCGGCGGUGGCGUGGGGCGCUCUGUGCACACACAAGCUAACAGGAGGCUCAAUGUGGACGCACAAGCAUGCAAAAAUUUGAAAAUUCUGACAGUGCACGUUACGUAAUCGAAUUUCCUCGUGUUGGAUCUGCAACAUCAAAUUUCUCUCGUUUGGCAAUUUUGUUACUUAAAAAGAAUUUUAAAAGUUUAGCAAAGUUGUAGUUGUGUUGUUGUGCCAAUACCAACGCAAUGGGCUUUGCUUUUCAAGAUGUAAAGUAUUUUAUUUUCUGAAAAUGUUUCAAAAUCAGGCUCCACUAAACUCCCAAAACAAAGUUCAUUUCAUAAUCAUCACACUGUAGAGUAAAAAAAAAACAGGUGGGGGCAUGAUCAC